UGUUAAAAUGAAGAAUGUAGGUUUAUGGAAGGAUCAUGUAAGAAAUCCAAGUUUUCCAGUAUUUACACAAUAACAUGCAAAGUCCCAGGUGAAACUAAUUUUAGUAUAUUGGAUUUAAGCCUACAUAUUAUUUUACUUGCAAUCAGUUAAUAGGCUAUUUAACUUUUUUUUUUUUUUGCUAGAUCUAUUACAUCUGUUUUGCAGCACAAUUCAAAAAUGCUCUGUAGUCACAUGGAACUAAUGACUGUUUAUGGGGCAGCACAUGCUGAAACACUGCCAGGUAGUGCUUAAGGUGCCUUCUUAUUCUGAGAAUCUUACUUUAUAAACACUUUUUCCUCAAGAUGCUGUGAAUUUCAGACUGAAGAAGUGGCUUUAAUGCCUUCCUCUUCCUGUUGACUGUGUUCCCUCUGAGCUUGGUGAACACAGGCCCAGGGCCCAGUGCGUGCUCAGUGAUGAGUCGGGUGCGCAGUCAUUUCCUGGGAUGUCAUUGUUAGAGUUAUUUAGGUCUGCUUGUCAACAGUGUGUCAAGCAGUGUGUGAGUCCCUAUCUACUAAGUAGAUCGGCAUUAAGCUGGGGCAAUUUGAGAACUCCUGGAAGCCUGAACAGUUGCAGUGAAACAACCAAGGGAUUCAGAAGAAAGCCAAAGAUCACUGAGACUUCACAGAGGUUAGAAAAUGAAGUAGCCUUUUCUCCUUCAGUCACUGUAGACAUGGAAGGGCUUUAAGAAGACCUCAAACGGUUCAACAAAGGAUGCUCUAAUGGAUGACAGUGAUAUCCCUACAUAUAAUCUGCAGAGAGAACCACAAGAUGGGUGUCAGCCUGGUGACAGCGUGGAAAGGAAAGUAACCCACUUGCCUCCCGUGUCAGAUGAAAAUGAAAACCAGCUUGAUGGAAGUGGGUCUGAGCCCCUGACCAGCCACGACAGCACAAUGGGAAAACCUAAAGUAAUUGAGCAGGACAGUCUCAACAAUAAUGAAAACUAUGCUUCCAGCUGUGAGGCAGCUGCCAGUGAGCUCUUGGAAAAUACUGCUUGUGAAGGCUCCAGAGAUGGACACACCCUUGGAAAGGACCAAAGAACACCUGGGAAAAGAAUCUCAAGAAGUAAAAAAGGUACUGACAAGAAGACACUGUCAGGGCUUUCAUCAGAAGAUGCUACACCUUUAAUGCAAGAAAAGAUACAAAGUAUAGCCACUCAUGCUGUUGAUGAUGAAGAGGUUGCUGAAGUAAAUGCAAAUAAUCAACCUGAAUCUCCAACACAAGUUCUGCAAUCUUUGUUCUCACUUAUACGAGGUGAAGUUGAACAGUUGGACUCAAGAGCACUGCCUCUUUGUCUUCAUCAGAUAGCAGAGUCCUACUUUCAGGAGGAGGACUAUGAGAAAGCCAUGAAAUUCAUUCAACUUGAACGAUUAUAUCAUGAGCAGUUGCUUGCAAAUCUUUCUGCCAUUCAAGAACAGUGGGAAACAAAAUGGAAAACCGUACAACCACAUGCAAUCACAUCUCUAAGGAAUUCAGAGAAGGCAUUUAAUGGUGAAGAUUUUGAACGGCUUACUAAGUUUUGCACAACACAUCAAGAUCCUCUUUUAACCAAACAUAAGAUAGCAGCUGUGGAAAGAUCCUUGCGAAAAAGAAGCUUUCCUCAGUUAAUAGCCUCCAAAGAACCGAAGGAGAGAGGAACCGCAACCGGAGACUCAGAGAGUGAGGCCGUGGAGCCGGGUACAGAGAGCCAGCAGCAGGAAGAUCCCCCAGAGAGCGGCGGCUGCGGUGAUCCCCUGGCGGAGCAGGCAGUCACCGCAGCGAAGGACCACAGGGAGGAGCUGCUUGGCAGCGCAGGAGCCAAGCUGGAGCUCCACGCCCAGUCCGCGGAGACAGCCCGAAGCAGAACUGGGCCAGACGCUGCCGAGAAUGCCUGUGUGGAUAACAGCCAUCUGCAGCUGGCUCAGGCCGACCACUGCCCAGAUGUGGCCACGGCAGGGGGUGUUGCUGAAGACCCUAAGGUUUCACCUCCCGGAGACCCAGCCACGGAGCCGCUCACGGUACCAGGCUGUGACUCUGUCCCUGCUGCGUUGACUUCUGAGAGUAAAUAUUCGCAGACUAGGAGGAAAGAACUCCGUCUACCACUUCAGAGUGUGUUGCCCACAGGCCAACCUGAGAACAAUGAAUUAAAUGAACUGCAGCAACCUGAUCUCACUGACAGUGAUGGGAAGUCGCUGCGGGGUCACGGUGACUCGCAGGGUUCUGGGAAUGCACUUUGUGAAAAGAAUGACUUAUCUGACUUAAGUCCACCACUGCUGCCUCGGGCGCGUAUGGCCCCAGAGGAAAAGGGAGAGCAGGAAGACCCAGUCGCUAAGGAAACCGAAGACUAUUUGAACAGCCUUCUGGAAGGGUGCUUACCAGACCCUGAGGAGGAUUCCCUUUGGUGUGAAGACAGCCAGGAGGAGGACUCGGAGCUGCUUCAGGACCUUUCUCCUGAGGAAGACUCCUACAGUCUCCAGGAGAAUCUGCCUGAUGACAACUGUCUUUCUCUUGAUGAUCUUGCCAAGAGGAUAGAAAUUGCCGAGGUUGUUCCUGCUGAAGGACUGGUCUCUAUCCUAAAGAAGAGGAAUGAUACUGUAGGAGAUCAUUCUGCCCAGAUGCAACAGAAACCGUCGAAGCGAAAAGUAAGAUUUCAAGAAAUAGACGACAGCUUGGAUCCAGAUGAAGUUGGAAAUGGCUCAUGUAUUUUACUCAUCUUGCUGUGCAUAGCAACGGUUUUCCUGAGUGUUGGAGGGACUGCAUUGUAUUGCACUUUUGGUGACGUGGAGUCACCUGUUUGUACAGACUUUGCAGACAACGUGGACUUCUAUUACACCAAGUUACUGCAGGGAAUGGCAGAACUUAAACACUGGAUCUACCUCUCCUAGCACCAUUCAAGAGGGACAAGCAUGCUGGCAGUGAGAAUGAAAGAUGUGAACCUCUGUAAAUCUCUUUUUUUUAUUUCAGGAGUUCUGUAGCCUCCUCCCCCAAACCCCAGGGAGGAACCAGGGGCGACUCUGAAUGGCCCUCCAGAUGAGCCGUGCUAGAAUAGAAUCAUCCCUGUAAUGAGGCAGGGGGGAAUCUAAGCCCUGCAGAUGGAAGGGAAGAUCCCUAGGACACUGGCCCCUGCUGUUCCUCUCCGCCCCUCAGGUAGUGAUGUACACUGAGCAGAGCUGGCCAGGGCAGCCCUGGAACCACACACUGUUUUUAGCUGUCAUGUGAAGCUCAUGGUUAAAGGAUACUUUUGGUUUACAUAUGUUGGUCCAUAGCCAUUGCUUCCAAGCAUCAUGCAAUAUUGACCCCCAACCCCCGCUUUUUUUUUUUUUUUAAGUUAACCUUGGGAGCCAUGUAAUACAGGCUUUUUUUGGCCAUUAUUUUCAGAUCCUGUUUUUCCAGUUUGUGAAACUGAGUGUGUAUGUUUCAGUCAGUUAUCAUAAGCAAAUAACAAACAGAAAUUAUCUUUAUUCUUUUAUUUUUACUAUGAUGUGCAGGCACAAAUCUGUGAAGAAGGCUUAACAUGGACUAGAUGAACUGUAAAAAUCUUGGCCCUGAAGUGAGCAACUGUGACAGAUAUGUGGCAGUUAUCAUGAUUAAGUAUAUAGAAAUUAAUCACAGGCAAAAAGGCAACAUUGAAGAGCUCCCCCGGAGUGUCAGUGCUUGGUCAUGAACUCAGUACCUCCUCAAAUGAUGUGUGCUGGACUGGACUCAGCAAACACUCCCUGGGCACCUGUUACACUUUGAGAAUCUCUAAGACCCAGAAUACAAAUAAGAUGUAAUUCCUGCUAUAGAUGUUUUAAUUCUGGUCAUAUGUAAAAUAAAUCAGUAGUUUGGCAAAUGAAAUUAAUUCACCAUAUGUAAAUCAGUAUUAGCAGAUCACGCAUUCAAGUGUUGCAACGUACCUUCAAUAUCACAGGCUUGAUUUUAGACUUUGCUGUGUGGUCAUUUGAUGAAAAUUCAAUCAUAACCUGAAUAGGCAGGUAUCAUUUUUCUGUAGAUCUGUCAGUUCGGUGGCCUUUCCUUAUUUCACAUACAGUGGUCUCCCAUUGAAGAAGCCUGGCUUUGACUUUUUAUAUCCUAGGCAGCAUUUUAAAACGAACAUGAAUUAUAGUUUUUUAGCCAAGUGAUCAUUAUUUUCUGUUUUUCUUUUAGGAUUAUUAUAAAGAAAAAGGGAAGAAAUUACUUUCUAGUUGUUACUGGCUGGUACAGUACCUCCCUUGAUGAUUUUGCUUAUUUAUUUAGACUGUAUGAAUUCUAGAAGGGCUUUUCCCAUCUGUGGGGAGCGUGCUGCAGAGCAUGCGUGUGGUUCAUCCCUGUGUCAGCUGUUUAAUUACUGUGUACUUAGUGUUUGGAUUUUCUCUCUUUCAGAUUGAUGCAUUUUUAGGCUUGUUUAUUUUGAAAUGGGUGUCUCACUUUUCACUUACAAUGCUGUUUGAUUUGUCUUUCAUGUCACCAUAAACUGUAAUAUUUUCAAGGAUUAUAGAUCAAAGAUAUUUAUUUAGAGGUGUACAAGAUGCUGAAAUUUAGAUUCCUUAUACUUAAGGCCGACUUUAUUAGAAGAUUAUUUUAAUGUUCGAUUAUGAAUUUUAAGAAUUUGUAUUGUAAUUGUAUGUUAAGUAUGUAAAGCGUCAACGGUUCCCUCUUUGUGGCUCUGUAAAGGCCUUCCACAAAGCCUGCUGUAGUGGGGGCAGCCUCGCUGGUCAGCCUCUCCCACUUUGCCCUCGUACUGUCUAGUUACUGAUGUUUGGGGAUGCUGAUUUCUGCCAGUCUAAUGUCGAGAUACAUACCCUCUGAUUCACUUCUCUCAGGUUCCCCUCGGAGUCCUGUGGAUAAGGUGGUCAAUUUUUCCUAUGGCUCACUGGGGCCACUUUGGAAACCCAAGUUCUCCCCAGGAACCUGCAGACCAAAAUGAAAGAAUGAAGGUAAUUCCAUGACAGUCUUAGAGACCCAUGUGGGUGAGCUCACCACACUGUGAGGGUUGGGGAGGCAAGCGCAGGGGUAUCCUGCUGUCUUGACUUAAAACAGGCAUGAAGUCUCAACUAGAAAAAUUAAGACAGUUUUUGAAAAUUGUAAUAGUCACUUACUGCAUGAGUUGGAGUAAUUACACCUGAUGAUGAAAAGAUUGUUCUCUGACACAUAAGACAAUUCAUCCAGCUUCACUGAAAUGUAAUGUUUCCCAUCAUUGGAAAAAGCAAGUAUUUGUUGUAACUAAUCUUCCCUAAGAACUGUACUGAGGGUAUCAAAUCGAGCUUGUGAUUUAAAACCUACACCAACAAAA